AUGGGAUUCAAGGUGUUAGGGGGAGGAGGAGACAAGUUCAAGAAUUCGAUGCUCGUCACGACGACGACGUCGUCGCCGCCGUCGAGGUCGAAAAUGAAGCUGUGGAUGAUACGGGCAACGACGUCGGUUUUGUUGUGGACGUGUAUUGUACAAUUAACGGCUUUGGGGGAUAUGUGGGGGCCUAGGGUUUUGAAAGGCUGGCCUGCUUGUUUCUCUCAGGAGUCUGCUGCCGCCUCUUCUGUUUUGCAAGACAAGUUGCCUUCCGUCCCGGCCAGAGUUCUUCCGCCCAAGAGGGUUUAUAAAAACAAUGGCUACCUGAUGGUUUCAUGCAAUGGGGGACUCAAUCAAAUGAGAGCAGCGAUAUGUGACAUGGUUGCUAUUGCAAGAUAUUUGAACGUCACUCUCAUUGUCCCUGAGCUUGAUAAAACCUCCUUUUGGGCUGAUCCCAGUGAGUUCCAAGACAUAUUCGAUGUGGAUCAUUUCAUCACAUCCUUGAGAGAUGAAGUUCGCAUAUUGAAAGAGUUGCCUCCGAGGGUUAAGAGGAGAGUGGCACUAGGAAUGAUUUAUACCAUGCCACCAAUUAGUUGGUCUGACAUGUCUUAUUAUCAUAAUCAGAUUCUUCCUCUGAUACAAAAGUACAAAGUGGUACAUCUAAAUAGAACUGAUGCCCGACUUGCCAAUAAUGGACAACCUCUGGAUAUUCAGAGACUUCGAUGCCGAGUAAAUUUUAGUGCUCUGAGGUUUACUUCUCAGAUAGAGGAGUUGGGUAAAAGGGUUAUCAGGCUUCUAAGGCAAAAUGGUCCUUUCCUAGUGCUUCAUCUUAGAUAUGAAAUGGACAUGUUGGCAUUUUCUGGCUGUACUCAAGGUUGUAACGCUGAGGAGGUGGAAGAAUUGACAAGAAUGAGAUAUGCUUAUCCCUGGUGGAAAGAGAAAAUAAUCAAUUCUGACCUGAAAAGGAAAGAUGGUUUGUGUCCUCUGACACCUGAAGAAACCGCUCUUACACUGAGCGCACUUGACAUUGAUCGUGAUAUUCAGAUUUAUAUUGCAGCUGGUGAAAUAUAUGGUGCAGAGAGGAGAAUGGGAAGUCUUGCAAAGGCUUAUCCCAAAUUGGUCAGAAAGGAGACACUGUUGGAACCGUCAGACCUUAGGUUCUUUCAAAACCACUCAUCCCAAAUGGCAGCACUGGAUUAUCUUGUCUCAUUGGAGAGCGAUAUUUUUGUUCCCACAUAUGACGGAAACAUGGCUAAAGUGGUUGAAGGCCAUCGCAGAUUUCUUGGGUUCAAGAAGACAAUUCUACUGGACAGAAAGCUUCUUGUUGAUUUGAUAGACCAGUACACAAGUGGAUCAUUGAAUUGGGAUGAAUUUUCAUCUGCAGUAAAGGACGCUCAUGCAGGUCGAAUGGGGAACCCAACUAAUAGGUUGAUGAUCCAAGACCGACCAAAAGAGGAGGACUAUUUCUAUGCCAACCCAGAAGAGUGUUUGCAACCGUUAGAUGAACAACUGAGUAGUACGUGA